AUGAUUCCAAAGUCAUUCGAUCGCACGGAGCAGACACGGCCGAAGAAACGAAGAAAAAGUGCAAAGUGCGCCAUGGAAUCUCUGCUUGCCCGUGCGGAAGAGGCAAUGCAGAGCCUCUCGCGGCCCGAGGCCGAGGCACCCACCUGGCCUCCACCGGCUGCCUUGGGCCAGGAGCUCUUCGCACGGGUGCAAAAGGAGCAUUCAAAGGCAAAGGCCAAGGCGACGCCACUGGGCGUGGAGUCUGCACGGCGCCUCGCGGCUGCUGCGGCUGCUGCCUUGCGGCUGUCUUGGGCAAUUGGCCUUGCCUCAGCGGAAGCGACAGAUUGGCAGCAGUUUUUGGAAGACAAGCUUCAGGAAGCGCUCCAGGUAUUGGCCGCAGCGGAUCCGCAGUGGAUGAACGCUGGCCUUGGCUGCCUGCCGAAGGAGCUGACGAAGCGAAAGUCCAGCACGGAGUCCGUUGAGACACUGCUCCGGCACUUGGACUUCUUCGACCAACUCCUCUUCAGGCUCUGGCGUGGGCGAGGCGGUGAUGACAUUCGCCAUCCCGCGGAGCUCUCGGAAGCAGCCUGCGAAUGCCAUCUGCAGCGAAAACCAGAGCUUCGCGCGGCAUUGCAAAGCCUUCUUUUAUCCACAAAGCGUGCAACUAAGCGGGCGGUGCUCUGGGACUUCCGCAAGGCCUGGCUGCUGCGCGGUGCUGGGCCGCCGUGGAAAGCCGCUCCGCUGCCGCUGCGCUUCCUGCGAGCGCGCUGGUUGGAGGCCAGCUGCCUCGUGGAACUCUAUGCAGCGACGAACGCGACCGACAGACAGAGGCGGAACAGACUCCAGAAGGCUGUGCUGAAUUGGCAACUGGCUGGGAGAGACGCAUCGGCGAGAUGCCAUGGCUUUGCUGUUCCGAGUGCUAGGGCUUUGAAGGUUUUGAAGAAGUACUCUCGGAAAGGAGGGCUUGUGGAGCUCGGAGCUGGGGUGGGAUACUGGGCAGCGCUGCUGCGGCGCCGGGGUGUCCACGUGGUGGCUUUGGACAUCGACCCACCCGAGGAAAAGGGCGAUGAGAUGCACAAGGUAGACUUUGGAGAUGCAUCUUCCCUGAGGAAGCUUUCGUGCGAUGUGCUGCUGUUGUGCAUGCCGCCUCCAGGGGAACCUGCCUGUGCAGACAGAGCCUUGAAGCAGUUUCGUGGAAAUUACGUGGCUUACGUUGGUGAGUGGUCCACAGGCAUGACUGGGACUCAGUCUUUCCACGAAACGUUGCGGUCCCGGUAUGUGCUUGAGCAUCGUGUUCCGUUGCCUUGCUUCCCAAGCAUGCGCGCGGAAUGCUACGUCUUUCGCAAGCGUUCUCCUUGCGAGGUUCCAGAACUGUUGACCUGUGACGAAUGCGACUCUGCAGCAGCAUUGUACCUGUGUCCAGAAACUCGCUACUGGCGGUUGUGUUCGGAAGUCUGCUACACUGCUCUAGCGGAUGAGCAAGCGUCCCUGCUCAGAAACAUGUUUUGCGGCCUGCCGCUGGAAGUGCCGGCUUGGGGAACUUGGAAGGAGCUCAACUGGUUGGCAGAGGACUCUGCCGGAGGCCAGCGCUGGGAUCAGUUGAAGUGCGCGACGCCGCAGCCAGAAAUUGCCGGCUGGCUCAGUUCUUCGCUCGCCCCUCCCCUUGGACCAGCCCAGGCAAUGUCCGUGGAGCAGCCGGGGCAGGUUCGCGAGCCUCUUCCAGUUCAUGCUCUCCACGAGCCGCCUCCACCGCCACGGGAUCUUUAUGAUGAGCAGCCGGGAACCAGAAUCCUGUCAGCAGGGGUCCAGGGAGUCCAGGCACCAGCGCACGCUCCGGCACAGAUAGUACAGACCCCAGCAUCACUGGCACACCAUGCAGCUCCGGCUGCCCAGGCAUCACAGGCCAUCCAAGCAGCGCAGGCCGCCCAAGCAGCGCGGGCUGCCCAAGCAGCCCAGGCGGCAGCCCAGGCGGCGCAUGCUGCGCAGGCGGCGCAAGCAGCGCAGGCUGCGCAGGCUGCGCAAGCGUCCCAAGUCCCGGCGCUGCAGUACCCGCAGGCAGCCUCGCCUCAUCGUAGCUUCCACCCUCCGACGACUCCGGCAGCAGAGCCCCUGCAGCCACAACGACUGUUGGUCCCGCCCACGAGUGCUACGGAGGUGAAGGGCGUCUCCUGCGGCUGGUGUCGAGGAGAUCGAUCCCCCCAGGGGCUGCAGCCUCCCCUGCCGGUUCCAGCAAGCCCUGGCGGAGAAGGCAGCGAUGCCGAGGCCCCGCAGCGGGGUCAAUUUGGCUCUUGGUGCUCAGCACUGUCAUUGCAUCGUCCAAUGGCCUGGGUGGUGAUCACCGGAGGCGGCUCCGGCAUCGGUCGAGGCCUCGUGAGCCACUUCAGCAGUCGUGGGCCGGUGCUCUGCUGCGGAAGAAGAGAGGAGGCUUUGCAAGAAACGAAGAGGACUGCAACGAAUCCAGAGGCUGUAACCUAUGUUGCUUGCGACAUUGGCACGGAGGUCGGUCGGACAAGGCUGCUCGAUGCACUUCCGGCCACAGCGUCGGUGUCGCUGCUGGUGCAGAAUGCCGCCAUUGGCGACCCAGCGCCCCUGGCAGAGUUGGAUCUCAACCACUUCGAGGAGGCUUUGCGAGUCAACGUCGUUGCGCCGCUGGCUUUGACCAAGGCCUUGCUUCCUCGACUACAUGGCGGUCGUGUCCUUCACCUUGGAACAUCGGUGGCGCAUCGGCCGCAGCGUGGGACCGCGACGUACGGAAUCACUAAGGCCGCGUUCUUCCGGUUGUUCCAGCAGCUGAAUGCUGAGGGCUUGGAUGUCGCUGUUGGUUCGUUGAGCCCAGGCUUGGUGGACACUGAGGGAGUCAGAGAUCACGUGGUCAAGGCUCGGAGUUUAGAUCUGCCUCAUGUGUCUUUCUUCGACCGAGCAUUCGAGCAGGGCUGGACCACUAACAUGGACCAGCUGAUGAGCUUUGUCGACGAAGUCCUUCGAAUGCCCGAUGAGCAGUUCAUAUCGCAGGAGUGGCGGUUUUCUGAAUGGCGGGCGGAGGCAGGCUUGUCUUAUGUCCGGACAGUGGUGGAACUCCUUCAUCGACCGAGGUUGAGCGAAACCCCAAGCACUCGCGGUUCGAAUGAGCAUGUCUUUGACGGCGUGUCGACCAUGACAUGGGUUGCGCACAGAAGCCGCGUCUGGCUGCAUAAGUCUCGAGCUCUUAAGUUUCCCCUUGAACGCUCCUUCCAUGUACUGUUGGAAGGAAAGUACCGUUGGAAGGGCACUCACUUCCUGACCCCAGAUUGGCUCAAGCCGAUCGGUUGGGCAGGAGCCGGCACAGGACUUCCCCGCUGUCUGCCCAGGGAGAUGUCCAGGAACAUGGCCAGCUUUGAAGAAGUCCAGGCCCAGAGCUCCGAAGAGGAGGCGAAGAACUCCUCGUCCCGUCGUUCGCGAGUCGUGAAGAUAGCGCUGCUCCUUACGGUCGGUGUUGCCGCUUCGGCAUUCCUGCUUCGCAGCACGAAGUCCUGCAAGCCGCAGCGAUUCGGAAACCUUUUCGCUCUGCAGGGAAAGUCUGCUGUUGACGUGGAAGCGAACAUCGCGAUGAAGGCAUCCUCCUUAAAGAGAAUCAAAAACAGGAGCCUUGCAGACGCCGUGGUGCUCAAGGCCAUGAAGUCGGCGGGCCAGGAGAAAGCCAAGCGGUACAGCGAGCGUGAGGUCAGGGAGUUGCCUGCCAAUCCGGCUGAUGCUGCGCGGGAUAUGCUGUCAUACGAUGAGGUGAAGGCCUACAAGGCCGGUAAGAAGCAAGAUCGUCUCACGGACGCCCGGACAGCCUUCUGCGCUUUCAAUGUCCUGGAAGCCUUCGUGUCGGCUGUGGGACUGGGUGACGACAUCAAUGGGAUUAUAAGGGUGUGCCCGCCGCCACGUGAUGGUGAAUCAGAGUUGGCGUGCCAAGUGGACGGGGCUAUCCUGGUGGCAUGGGUUGGCAAUUUGGCCGCCAAGCUGUCCUUCGCGGCCUCGAACUGCGCGGACACCAUCUCGGUAAACGCGCUUUGUGGCGUAGGUGUCACUGGCCUCGUCUCCGUCAUGGGGGAGCUAGCAGCUACGGCCUCCCUUGCUGCUGCCACUUGCACCCCCACACCACCCAGCCUCACAACAACGAAGAUCAGCGUUCUUGGCGAUCAGACCGUGCGAGAGCGUCGUCUGCUCAUCGGUGAAGGGACGGUGGGCAACGGCGUUCAGUGCGCAGUGGAUGUGGGUAUGGUUGCCAGCAACAUCGCCAACAUGGGUAUCUCCAUCUUCCAGGCUGCGAAGUCUGGCAACUGUGGACGCCUGGCGCUCCAGUCGCCCAUCAACAAGCUCACAGGUAUCCCCGAGGCCUUGUGCACUGUUGACAUCGGUGGUGCCGUCGCCUACAUCUCUCAGGUCGUCACCUUCAUCAACCUGAUUGUGGUGCACUGCCAAGACUUCCUGGAUGUAAGUGCUCUCUGUGGUGCAAGCAUCGCGGGAAUCACAACUUCAGCUGCUGCCAUUGCUCCGUACGGUGCAGCAGUGCAUGCAGCCUGCGCCAAGAACCUGAUAGCCAGGAAUGCGGACAUUCAGGCAAAGAUCAACAGCCUCUACACAGUGCCGCAGGUGCAUCCUCGACGCUUGCAGGAGCUUGAGGACGCCGUCAGCAACCUCAAGUCGAUCCGACAGAAGCUUGAGCAGCACCUGGGCAUAAACGCUACGGCCUCGAGCACGGCCAUUUCUAGGGCCGAUUUGGCGAACAUGGUGCAGCUUAUCGAUGGUGGGAUGGACGAGGACAAGGCAUCACUGCGUGGAUCUUCAACCGUCGAUGAAUGUGAGGAGUGA